GCGAACAUGCCAAGUGCAAAAGACGAACACGAUUUCAGCUAUCGACGAGACAUUCGGAGUGUUUUCAAGUUAAACAAUUGGAUUUUAGGCUCGAUCGGCAUCUGGCCAGUCACAAUUCGUGGUAUCAGACGACACGUAUAUAAAAUUGCAAUCGCGGUUUGCAAUCUCACAUUUAGUUUUGCGUUAGUGCCGUGCGCUUUGCAUAUCAUAUAUGAUGAAAAAGACAUCAUCAUAAGAUUGAAGAUAGGCGGUCUUCUGCUUUUCUGUCUCAUCUCAAUGAUAAAGUAUUGCAUUCUCGCGAUACGUCGUCCUAAAAUACUUCGCUGCAUCGAAUACAUGAAAAGCGAUUGGUGGCAAGUGACGUUCAAAUCUGAUCGCGAAGUGAUGCUGAAGUACGCUGCCAUUAGUCGCAAUCUAACGAUUAUCGGAGCAUCAUUUAUGUAUACCGCCGGUAUCAUUUAUUAUUUGAUCGUGGUUCCAUUCUUUUUCGAACACAAAGUCAACAAUCAAACUAUCAGACCGCUAGUGUUUCCGAUUUAUAGUAAAUUUCAUCAAUUUCAAAUUAGCCCAAUAUAUGAAAUUGUGUAUGUAGCUCAUUGCAUGUGCGGAUAUAUGAUAUAUUCGGUGACAGCUGGUGCGUGCGGACUUGCCGCCUUAUUUGCCACCCAUGCAUGUGGUCAGAUUGAAAUGAUCGUAUCGCGAUUAGAAGAUCUCGUAAAUGGUGCAAGAUGCAAGCAAAGUCCAAAAAUCCACCAACGGAUCGCUGCCAUUGUUAAGGAUCAUGUUCGUAUAGUAAAGUUUGCGAUUGUUGUGGAAGAAGUUUUGCGAGAAGUAUGCUUAGUAGAGUUCAUUAGUUCGGUAUGCACGAUAUGCUUGCUUGAAUACUCCUGUAUAGUGGAUUGGCAACAAGAUAAUAAACUUAGUUUAGCAAAUUACUUUAUGUUCUUUGUUUCCUUAUGUUUCAAUAUAUACAUAUUAUGCUACAUCGGGGAGCUUCUUAUGGAAAAGAGCAGUCAAAUUGGAUAUACAUGCUAUAUGAUCAAUUGGUAUCAAUUAUCACCAAAAUCAUCUCGCAGUCUUAUUCUGAUAAUUGCUAUAGCGAGCCAUCCCAUAAAACUUAGUGCUGGUGGAAUGGUAGAUUUAUCAUUAUUAACUUUUGGAAAUGUAUUAAAAACUAGCGUAGCAUAUCUCAGCUUCCUGCGAACAUUAGUGAUGUAA